AUGGUGACGAAGAGUAAGAGGAUAAAGCCCCUCCCAUGUGGGUCUGCGAUUCUCCCUGUCUAUGACAAUGGAUCUGUCUUAAGCCCAGAAUUGCUCGAUCUCACGAAAGACAACCUCGCUGACAAGUUUGCAGAUGGUGUUUCUAUGGCUGCUUCGCUAUCCUUCACUCUCUCUUACCCAACUCUUGCAGCUGCGCUUCACAUGUUCGUCAAUGCCUACAAGAACGUCCUUGCUGUUGCUGUUAUCUCUGUUGUAUCUAUUGAGAAUGCUACUGUUCUUGCCUCUAAGAAAAAAGGGAAAAAGGACGAGCCUGUCGGCGAGUCAGACGAUGACUUGGGCUUUAGUUUGUUUGACUAA